AUGGCAACCAUGUGGACACGGUUAAUACAACUUCUCUACCUUGCCGUAGCAGCGGCAUCGGUGGUUGCAUACAGGCCUGUUGCAAAAAGGCAAUCGCAAGGUGACUACCCCACUCAAAACUUUACCAUGCCGAUCGAUCACUUUCAUAACGAAUCUCGAUAUGAACCUCAUACCAAUGCAACGUUUGAACAGUUCUACUGGCUGGAUACAACCAACUAUGUCCCCGGGGGCCCGGUCAUAAUCCUUGCCCUCGGUGAGGAUUCGCCUUCAUUUGACUUUCAAUGGCUUCAGAAGGGUCUUCUCCACGAGAUCGCCAAUGCUACUGGCGGAGUUGCGGUCCUUUGGGGCCAAAGGUACUACAGCGGCGGCAAUGUGGUUCCCAGUCAACAGUAUACCACCGAAAACCUUCGCUUUCAUAGCACCGAGCAAGCAAUGGCCGACCUCGCCUACUUUGCCGAGAGGGUGACAUUCCCGGGGCUCGAAGAUCGUAACCUCACCGCCGCUACGACCCCUUGGAUUAUACUGGGCGGGUCGUACGGUGGAGUUAUAUCUGCCUUUACCCGUAUCCAGUAUCCCGAUAUCUUUUGGGGCGGGCUAUCAUCUUCGGGAAUCACCGUCGCCAUCGAUGACAAUUGGCAAUUUUUUGACGUGAUACGGCGUUAUGGGCCCCCGGAAUGUAUGAAGAGACAGCAAGAACUGACGAAUCUGAUGGAUAAUAUCUAUGAUAGUGGCAACCAGACCGCCUUGUCUGAACUCUACGCCGCCUUCAAUGUUUCGGAAGCCUCGCAAUAUCCCGAUCUGGCAGAUUUUCUCGGUGGCCUGUUGAGUCCUUGGGACCAAACCUGGAACUACCCGCCGGAGCCGCUGGAUGGACCGGGCUCCUACUGCGACUUCAUCACUUCUCAGACCAACGCGACUGUGUCUGAUGCGGCCCUCCAGACAGCGGCGCAUUCAUUGGUUGCAUACGCGAACAAGACUGCCACCCCUAAUGUCACGGACCUGUACUAUCCGCUCCUGAACCUGUUCCUGUAUGUGCAAACUCAGUACCAGUUCUGUUCAGGACAGGUGGUGGCCGAGUGUCUCGACGUGGGCUUCCCGAGUCCCUUUCAGUGGCUGGAAUGCACAGAGUACGGGUCCUUUGCGACAGGAUACACCCCCGGCACACCAGGCCGCCCGGACGCCUUACCGCUGGUCUCCCGCACACAGACACUAGAGUACAGUCUCAAUCAGUGUCACUCUACCUACAAUAUCACGUACAAUCCACAGCUCGAGCGGUUCAAUAAGUACGGCGGCUUCAACAUGUCCUAUCCUCGCUUGGCCCUUUCGACCGGUCAGCUCGAUUACUAUCGCCCACUCACGCCACUAGCAGAGUUCCUCGAGGAUGGGAGGACCCCCAACCCGCGCACAAAGAGCAAUGGCACGAGCAGCGACCCGGAGAUCGUGAUCCAGGGCGGGUACCACGAAUGGGACUUUCCGGGCCUGCUGCCCAACGAGACGGACUACACGAUGCCGGCGGUCGUGCACAGUGCUCAAAGCAGAGAGGUCGAGGCCGUGAAGCUGUGGCUCCAGGCCUGGAAUCAGACUCAUGCAAUCUGA